CUGCCGCGUCCGGAGCGCAGGCGGCGGCGCUGCUGCUCGCGGGGUGCUGGGCAGAGUUGGCGAGCGAGGCGGGUGCCACCGGCCGGCCGGAAAGGCGCCUCAGCUCCGCCGGGGCCCGCGGCGCGGGACCCAGGACCGAAGAGGAGGCGGCGCCCCGGCUGCCCGGGCCUGGUGCCCGCCCGGAGGGGGCUGCGGCCGGCCGUUCCCGGCCGGGAGUGUCCCCGUCGCGCUUCCCGGAGAGGCCCCCAGAGCUCCCGGUCGCCCCCUGGGGGUGCCCUCAGCAGCCCCGGACUCACCUGCUAGGGCCGCCCGCUCCCAGGUGCGGGGGCGUGUGCGCGGCGAGGGCGCCUCCCCCGGCCGCCAGCGGGGCGGGGGCGGGGCCGCCCGCCGCCCUCGGCCUCCCCGGUCCGCCAGCCGCGCCCGGUAGCGCGGCUGAGAGCUCCCCGGGGACCGCGGUGCGGGAUGCUGCCCUCCAGCGCGGCCGGUCUCUCGCCGCCCGCCACCCCUACCCCUGCCUCCUGGGCCAUGCCCCGCUGUUUACAUGCCGGUGAAGCCCCCGGCCACUCCGAGCCCCUCCGAGCCCCGGCUCCCCGACGGUGAAGCCAGCCGGCCCGAGAACUGGACUGGUCGCUCAGACCUGGGCCCUCCGGACUCAGAUCUCCGCCAGCUCGGCCGCCUUCGCCACCAUCUGGGCGGGAUCCGGCUCUGAUGUUUUGAGGAGGGGGUGUGGUGUAGGGAAAGGAAUCCUGGGGAUUUCUGGCUUCCCCCCUUUUUUGGCCUUCGGGGCUUCAGACUCAGGGAACUCGCUCAUGGCUUUCUUGAUGAAGAAGAAGAAAUUCAAAUUUCAAACCACUUUCACCCUGGAGGAGCUGACUGCGGUCCCCUUCGUGAACGGAGUCCUCUUCUGCAAAGUCCGGCUGCUGGAUGGCGGGGAUUUUGUCAGCUUGUCGUCAAGGGAGGAGGUGCGGGAAAACUGCGUGCGGUGGCGGAAGAGGUUCACCUUCGUGUGUAAGAUGAGCGCCAACCCGGCCACCGGCCUGCUGGACCCCUGCAUCUUCCGUGUGUCGGUGCGCAAGGAGCUGAAAGGCGGGAAGGCUUAUUCCAAGCUGGGCUUCGCCGACUUGAACCUGGCCGAAUUCGCAGGCUCAGGCUCCACAGUGCGCUGCUGCCUGCUGGAGGGAUAUGACACGAAGAACACCCGUCAGGACAACUCCAUCCUCAAGGUCACCAUCGGAAUGCUCCUGCUCUCCGGAGACCCCUGCUUUAAGACGCCGCCGUCCACCGCCAAGUCCAUCUCCGUCCCGGGCCAGGACUCCUCCCUGCAGCUGACGCGCAAGGGCGGUGGGACCGGCAGCGGCGGCGGUGGCACCAACUCCCUGACGGGAUCCCGGCCCCCCAAGGCGAGGCCCAGCAUCCUCAGCUCAGGGGUGCCAGAGGAGGCCGAACAGAACCUGUCCAGCCCCGAGGAGGUGUUCCACUCCGGUCACUCCCGCAACUCCAGCUACGCCAGCCAGCAGUCCAAGAUCUCAGGCUACAGCACAGAACACUCGCGCUCCUCCAGCCUCUCGGACUUGACGCACCGCCGCAACACCUCGACGAGCAGCAGCGCCUCAGGCGGUCUCAGCAUGACUGUGGAGGGCCCCGAGGGCGGGGAGCGGGAGCACCGGCCCCCCGAGAAGCCGCCGCGGCCGCCUCGGCCCCCGCAUCUGUCUGACCGUUCAUUUCGGCGGAAGAAGGACUCCGUGGAGAGUCACCCGACCUGGGUGGAUGACACUCGGAUCGACGCAGAUGACAUCGUGGAGAAGAUCAUGCAAAGCCAAGACUUUACGGACGGCAGCAACACUGAGGACAGCAACCUCCGGCUGUUUGUGAGCCGUGAUGGCUCUACCACGCUGAGUGGCAUCCAGCUGGCCAACAGGGUCUCCUCUGGGGUCUAUGAGCCUGUCGUAAUCGAAAGCCAUUGAGGAGCGGGCAUCCAGCCUGGAGAAGGGCCCUGCCUUCGUGGGCAUCCAGGCCCGCAGCAUUCCACGAGGGACCUUCCGCUUCGGAUCACCUUCUGCACCACAUCUCAUCUGUGCCUCCUCCGUGCACUCCAGCCCCGCUCCUGCCCCAAAGCAUCAUUCCACUGUCCUCCCAUCCAUGCCGGGACCCUCCUGGCCUGCCAGGCCCCGGGCACCACUGUGAAUAUUCUCCUCUGAACCACUAGGGGGGCAGGCCAUGCAGGCCCACGAAGCAGGUGGACAAGACCAAGAUGGCCGGGACUGCCCCACUGGAGACCAGUUGGGCCCCUCAGUGGGGACAUGCAGUGGCAUCUCCGCGCAGGGAUGCCUGUGGCUGAAGGGCCUCUUGCCCCUUGUCCCUGCUCAUCCCAGGAGCAUUGGCUCAGCCGUGCCCUGGCAGGGCCUUGCUCCACCACCCCCUUGCCCUUGGGAGGGCCGGUCCACCCCCAGAAUCCCGCCACCAUGGCUCCCUGACUGCUUAGUGCUUCAGCUGUCCCUUCCCUGUGUCCUGGGGGACCUGCUGGCGGCCUUCUCCUGGGAACCAAGACCACCCACGCUCCACAUUGAAACCCCCUCCCCCAACGAAUGUUCUCCUGCUGCCCCGGCAGCCUGCACUUUGCACAUGCUCGUCUCCAGCACAGCCCCCCUGGCCCUUGCCUGCCUUUCCCUUGAGCCCUUCGCAAGGAUUCCCUGGCACUGCCUGCUGUGCAGCCAGCGCCUGCCUCUAGCGGUCCGGCUGGAACGUGGCACCGCCUCUCCCCCUGUUUAGCUCCAGCUCAGGCCUGAGCCCAUGUCGAGAAAGGUCUGAGCAUCGAUGGUGGCUCACCUCUGCUCGGGGCUGGAUCCUGAGCAGCUGGUUUCCUGUAGGAAGCCAGGGAAGGUGCCUCCCAAACCCUUAGAGGUUGAGAGUCUGGCUGGGCUGGGCUUGGCAAGCAAAGCCCCCUCUCCCUCCCCGCAGGGUCAGCUAGCCCAGCCUGGGGCCGAUGCUGAGAGGCAGGUGGGCUGUGACCGGACUGGCCCGGAGCUGGCUUCCUGGCCAGAAAAGCCUCAGCCCUCCUCUGGAAGCAUCCCUCUCUCUGGGCAAAGGCGAGGUGGGGAGCAGUCUGGCCCUGCCCCCACCCCUCGCUAAAGCCUCUGCUGUCUGCACCCCACCCCUCCCGUCUUCCUUACUUGCUUGAAAAUGGGUUCUGACUGCCAGCCAGUCCCUGGACAGACUUCCCUGCCACCCUGAAGUUU